AUCAACCAGUCGCAGUCCUGCAGCAAACUUCCGGAGACGAAAGACUGCACGGAAGUGGAGCAGCUCUCUGUCGACCCGCCCCUCUUCCGGUUCAACGAGUACUACCGCCAAGGCUCCCAGAGAGGUACCAAUGACAGCACUUUGCUGUACAGCACUAGCAGUGGACUUUGGCGGACUUGUGACGACCUCACUGACUCACUUCGGAGCGAGUACGUGAACGCGGCAGAGACCAACUACAACGGUCAGCGCUGCUUCGUGUUCGUCACAGACUACAACGAGGAGUCCAGUCUGCUCAAGGAAGGAUCCAAACAGAUAGCUCGUCUCCAGAACUCGGCGGCGUCCUGUUACAUUGUCGUACUCAUCGACCUCACGUCGGCGGCUGUGGUGGGUAUCAUCGGGAUAGGCCGGAAACAGGUGGCGUCCUGUAUGGUCACCGGAGUGCUCUACCUUAUGGCUGCGCUGUUCGGCGUGUUCGGCCUCUCCAUGUUUCACACCAAAGACUACUACGAGAAGUUCCAGUGUUACGCUCUGGACGAGAUCCCCGAACAAGCCUGCUAUGCCCGUGUGGUGGAGAUCGGCUUCGCGGUACCCAUGGCGUGGGUGGGCGUGGUCGCCUGCGCUCUAGCCUGCGCCAUCUGGCUGUGUGUUUCCAGGGCCCUCCGCGUGAUAAAGGCCAAGACGAUGUUAUAGUGAAAGCUUCGCUAAGGACUUUUGUGUUUCAGGCUCGGUGUGUCAAAGAUAUUGUGUCAUACAAUGACACGGUGGAAUCAGGUGGUUCUUUUAUUUAACGUUUGAGCGACUGAGCUCAGUUAAGAAUUGGUCUUGAGCUCAUCCAAAAUAAUAUGGAAGCCCCAUAGCGCUUUGUUCUCUUGGGUCUAUAAGUGAAGAUGAGAUGAGUUGAGUUGAGGAGAGAUGAGAUGAGAGAAGAGAAGAAAAGACAAGAGAAGAGAUGAGAGAAACCUGUUUAAUCGACAAAGGAAAUAAAUUUUGGAUGGAUACACCACAACAUCAAAAUACAAAGAUUCAGCAAAAACACUGGAAUGCUCUAACGACAUUCGUGUUCAAUGCAAAGAUGCACACUUCAGUCACUCAGAUGUACCCAAACAAUGUGUUCUUCCUUCUUCUUCUCGAUUGCAUCACACUUGAAGCCCGGUAUCAUAAAUAUUGGGUCGUCCUGCUCAGUUCUCAAACAUUGUGUCCGUGAACAUUGUCUCUAUCCCAGUCUGUGGAGGAACUGGCGGUAUUUAAGACGCUCCUUUUUGAGUGUCCGGACGUUCGAAGUCUUACAGCCCCCACGUACCUAGAGUUGCUGUGGUCAACGGUUGUGUUGGAUUGGAACCACUGCAGCUCUCUGAGGUGUGCGUUUGGUACGUGGAAGUGUAAGGAUGAGCUACCACCUUUCGUGUGCUCUCAAACCUGUUAUACUAACAAUAUAUUAAGAGCUUCGGAAGUCUUCAUUCUAUGUCUUCUAUUGAGGAACUGAUGUCAUGGUACUCUGAAUUCGUUUUCUGAGCCAUUUACAGUUACCUUAAAAGACAACUUGAUUAUGAGGACAAUUAGAGAGGGGAGAGAGAGAGAGAGAGAGAGAGAGAGAG